CAGGAAGGGGCGGAGCGCCAGCGGCGCCUGGGGCGACGCGCCGCACCGGACCCAGCAGCGGCAGCGGCAAGCUUGGGUGUGAGCCCGGGGGCCGCUUUGCCCACCGUCCCGCCGGUCCCAGCCGUCGCUAGGGGGUCCGUGGGCCCUGCGGCAACCCUCGGUACAGACGCUGGGCAGGCGGCGACACCUGGCCCAUGGCCCCCCCGGCGGCUCAGUCUUCCUUGGCCGUCAGGGCCUCAAGCCCCGCCGCGGCCCCCACCUCGUACGGCGUCUUCUGCAAGGGGCUCUCCCGCACCCUGCUCGCCUUCUUCGAGCUGGCCUGGCAGCUGCGCAUGAACUUCCCGUACUUCUACGUCGCGGGCUCGGUGAUCCUCAACAUCCGAUUGCAGGUACACAUUUAGAGUCGUGACUAAGCUAACGGCCUCAGGGGCUAGCAUAAUGGCCUACUCCCAGGGUCCCUUGCGGCGCGGCGGAGCAGCGAAUGGCGAGCCCCACAGUCUCGCGUUAGCGCUCAGGCGCUGUUCGCGGCCUCUUUCUUCGCUACAAGCAGAGCUCCUCUGGGGGCCGCCGAGAGCCUACAGUUCCUAGAAAGAAAAUACGCGAUUCCGGAAACAGAACUGCAGUUAACACCCUCGAAAAGAUCUAAGAAAGUGUGCAUCCUAAAACACCUGACGAAUUUCAGGACGUGACAAAGCGCAGAGGUUGCAUUAUUUCAAAACAAAACAGAAGGCUAAAAUUUUCAGGAAAAAGCAAAUCAGUAAACCGUGAGUACUGGACUGGAUUGUAAGCAAGAUUUGAAUGAGUAAGAGCUGAAGGUAUUAAGAUUGUGAUAUAGAAGGUACAUACUUCUUCAUUCCACAAGAGAAAAUAAUAAUAAUCAGAAACUUUCAGUGAAAAAAAGCAAAACUGUACAGGAAAAGCAUCCUCCAAGUACCAGACAAAAUGCUGCAAGCUUUUGAACUAAUGGCGAGAGUGUGAGAAAAUGGGCUCUAUUGCAAUGCUCCUGUGGCAGGACGUCGUGGAUCGAGGCUUGGAACCGCAGAAAAGGAAAUCCCAUAGUAGCACAAAGCUUGGCUGUUCAGUGAAUAACAUUUAAAUAAUCGUAAAAUACAAAUGUUGUUAUGGUUUUUAUUGUUUAAGUACAUAAUUAUGGUUACGAAGUGGAAUGCAAAUGUUAUUUACCAUAUUUUAAAAAGAGAGCCGGAAAUACAGGUGGGAAUGUUGAAGGAGGGCGGCGGGAAUAAAUGGAAUGGUGGUUCUGUCCUUAUAAAGUGGGAACUUGGAAGGUACUGUCUGUUGUUGAGUGUGGAAUGACUUUUAUUACAGGGUAGCCAUAAAGUUUCUAAAACGGUAAUAUAUUAAAGAGGGAGAGUGGUAGGGGAGAACAGUAUGAAGUCAACAGGAAAUGCCUAAAGAUGGAGCGCUCAGGUAGAAUAUUUCAAAAAAUAAAAAUUGAUAGAGUACCUGGCGUAUUUGAAUACAGCCUAGAGAGCUUUCAUUUUUCCAUAGAGUGGGGAUAAAGUAGUGAUUGCAUAUUUUUCAAAAUUAAGAAAAUAGAACAUAUAAUUUUGAACCCUGAGAAAAAUAAAAAUUUAAAAACUA